AGAUUGGAUGCGGAUGCCAAAACUUAAUUUCCCUAAUUGAUUGCGGAUUGGCUGCUUAGGCCUAUGAAGUAGCUUGGUGUUGGCCGCAAUAGGUUAUUACAAGGAGUUCUAAUAUUUCAACCCAACUUCCUCUCUCUUCUUUCCCGUUUUCUUUUCUUUUUUUCUUUUUUUUUUUUUAAACUUCUUCUCCUUUCUCUGAACUGCUUAAGGCGAAGUUGCAUUCAAGGUUAUCACCAAGUCUUUUGAGUCUUGGAUACAAGGAAGUUUUCAGCAAGGCGCAUAGUGCAGCAUUUUCGAUAUCUCCCAAGUUUUUGGCACUUCUAGCGAAAGAAAUUAAAAAACUCCCUUUGGUUAUAAAUUGGGGGAAGAUUGAUCCGUCAAGGGUCAAAGAAUGCUUCUUCGGUGUCCUUUUGUCACAUCCUGUGGUGACCGGCGUUAUUUAUUAUCUGGCUUAGAUUCUAAAACUCAUCAUACAGCAACCUUAGAAAUUCAAGUUUUAGGCGUUGCGAUGAAGAGUUUUAAGAGUGGAAAUGGAGCUUCAUCUGUUCAGCUCAAGAACCACAUCACGUGUUGUCGAUCAUCCAAAGAGGAUUCAUCUAGUUCAGUCAGACAGGACGAGAUAUCUGUACAUGGAGUGUCUAACAAAGUUGUUGGUGUCUUGGGAGGAGGGCAAUUGGGUCAGAUGUUAUGUCAGGCAGCUUCACAGAUGGGUAUCAAAGUAAUGGUUUCGGAUCCGCUCGAGAACUGUCCAGCAAGUGCUCUUGCGUACGGCCAUGUAGUUGGAAGAUUUGAUGAUAGUGCUGCAGUUGAAGAAUUUGCAAAGAGGUGCGGAGUAUUGACUUUUGAAAUUGAACAUGUUGAUGUUGCUGCACUAGAAAAGCUUGAGCAAGAAGGGGUAGAUUGCCAGCCUAAAGCCUCGACAAUUCGAAUAAUUCAAGAUAAAUACCUUCAGAAAAUACACUUUUCUCAGCACGGGAUUCCAAUGCCUGAAUUUAGGGAGAUAAAUGACGAAGAAAGUGCAAGGGAAGCUGGGGACUCAUUUGGGUAUCCUCUUAUGAUCAAGAGCAAAAGGUUAGCCUAUGAUGGCCGUGGAAAUGCUGUUGCUCAUACCAAAGAGGAUCUUUCUUCUUGUGUAGCUGCUCUUGGAGGAUAUGGUCACGGUUUAUAUGUCGAGAAGUGGGCGCCAUUCGUGGCGGAGCUGGCUGUCAUUGUUGCAAGGGGAAGGGAUGGUUCCCUUUCAUGCUAUCCUGUGAUUGAAACCAUUCACAAGGAUAACAUUUGUCACAUAGUCAAGGCACCUGCAGAAAUACCAUGGAAGAUCAAGGAACUUGCUACUGAUGUUGCGCAAAGAGCUGUCAGGUCAUUAGAUGGAGCUGGUGUCUUUGCGGUCGAGUUGUUUCUGACCAAAGAUGAGCAGAUUUUGCUCAACGAAGUUGCUCCCAGACCUCACAAUAGUGGGCAUCAAACAAUAGAAUCUUGCUAUACUUCACAAUAUGAGCAGCAUUUACGAGCUGUUCUUGGUCUUCCACUCGGUGACUCUUCAAUGAAGAUCCCAGCUGCUAUCAUGUACAAUCUACUUGGUGAAGAGGAGGGUGAACAAGGGUUUGCUUUAGCUCAUCAACUAAUUGGAAGAGCGUUGAAUGUUCCCGGAGCUUCUGUUCACUGGUAUAACAAGCCAGAAAUACGAAAGCAGCGCAAGAUGGGUCACAUUACAAUUGUUGGCCCCUCCAUGGUCAAUGUGGAAAAUAAACUGAAGUCCUUGCUAAGUAAAGAAGAUAAAAUUUCAGAUGGUCUGAGCCAAGCUACCCCUCUUGUUGGAAUUAUAAUGGGUUCUGAUUCAGAUCUUCCUAUCAUGAAGGAGGCGGCCAAGGUGUUGGACAUAUUUGGCGUGCCUUAUGAGGUACGAAUAGUUUCAGCACACCGGACCCCCGAACUGAUGAAUGUUUAUGCUAAAUCAGCUCAUAAACGAGGCAUUCAAGUUAUAAUUGCUGGUGCUGGUGGUGCAGCACACUUGCCAGGUAUGGUGGCAUCAGAAACUCCCCUACCUGUUGUAGCUGUUCCUAUACGCGGCUCUCAGUUAGGGGGGCUCGACUCUGUCUUAUCUAUGCUCCAGAUGCCAAGAGGUAUUCCAACAGCUACGGUUGGUAUAAAUAACGCAGAAAAUGCAGCUUUGCUUGCUGUGAGGACACUGGCGAUUUUAUAUCCUGAAAUGCAGGCUAGAAUGAUCCAAUAUCAGCAAGACAUGACGGAUGAUGUCCUGAGGAAAGGAGACAAGUUAAUGGACCUUGGUUGGGAAGGAUAUUUGGAUUCUAGAUAAGCUUAUGUGAACAUUAAAGUCUUCAAUAUAAUUAGUCUUCAUCCGUCAAGCUUUAUCUUCCUGCUAUGAAAUGCAAAAAUUACUACUUUCUCGUCUUCUGCCUUUGUAAUCCUGUUGACUUCGAGUGUUAUAAGCAUUCUUUUACUGAUUGCGCUUUCACCAAGGCCAUAUAUGGUUUGGUCUGGGUGUUGGUUUCCCUCCCUGUAAUGAAUUAUUCUUAAAAUGGGGUCACUCCCGGUUUGGACUUUGGAGAUCCUUGGGUUAGCUGGACUGGAACCCUCUUGAUCUUAUUAACCAGAUUAGAAAAACA